AUAUUUCGGAUUUCUUCGAGAGAUAUUGAGUGAAAUACAGCGUGAAAUGGCGACAGAAAAGGAUUUAGUAAAUGGUACAUAGCUACAUAAAUGUUGCAUAUUAUAAAUAUUACGAAAUCAAGGAUAAUGGCAUAUUUGACAACUGUAAGGGAAUCACUAAAGGCUGAUGGAGAUCUUGAUCGUAUAAAGGCAGAAAUGCGUACAGAAGUGAUAAAGCUACUAGAUUGCUCCAGUAAAGAGAAUAAAUCAAAAAUUGUUAAACCCUCUCACGAUAUUAUAUUGCUCAAUGAACUUGUUAGAGAAUAUUUGGAUUGGAUGGGAUAUAAAUAUAGUUCCACUGUAUUUAUCGCAGAAUGUGAUCUCCCAAAGCAUUCCUUGGAUCGUACACUUCUUGCACAGAGUCUAGGAGUAAAAGACAAUGAAAAAAGCAGAAACUUACCACUGCUGUGUGGUCUUGUGCAAACAUUUACCAAUUUGAAAAAUACCUAAUUAUAAAUUCCUCACACAAACAUAAAUUAUUCAAUAUCCAAUCGCGCUUUUUAAAUGCUAUUUAUUUAUUUCAGAUGUAUGUUACAUAUAGAUUACUUAGAUAUAUCUUUUUAUAUAUACAAAUAUGAAAGUGUAAACACACAAAUUGAAAUGUAUACAAAUCAUAGUAUUCAUUACAAUAAAAGAAAAAAAACAAUAUAAAGAAGAAA